GAAGGCCGAGCAGAAGUCAAGCUCACUCUGUCUGGAGAGUUGGUGUACAAGUUCCGUGUGUGGGUUGGAGAUCUCUCAGGACAAGACGUCAUUCUCGGCAUGGAUUUUAUGGUUCCUGCGGGGGUGAGGUUGGACCUGGCUGACGGAACGCUCUGUCUGCCGGACGAAGUUCGCAUCCAGAUGACCGACCGUAAGCCGCUGUAUAGCAGCAAGGCUGACGCGGUCUACGCAACGGGAUUCCAUGAAGUCGGUCCUGGCCAAUGGACAGAGAUCUCACUCAAGUCCCACAACAAGCGGUUUGAACUGUGGGUAACGAGAGGGGAAAAAUGGGUGAUCACGGUGGUGAAUGGUGGAUUCAGUAACAAGUCAUACCUCCGGAUCACCAACAUCAGCACGAGCCGCCUGGUACUGGAUCGUUUGGUGUGUUUGGCAAUCUGGUUACCCGUUGGGCAGAUCCCGCGUCGACCUGGAUUCGCUAGGAAGGAUUCAAACCGCUAUCGGGAGUGGCAAACACUUGCGUUCGAAGCAGCUGUGGACACUGGAGAUGCAAACGUAGCGGAAGUUGAAGAGUCUGGACCGCUGGUCGAGCGUCCUAGCUACCGGACUCCGACUGCGAUUUUAGCACGGCCUCGACAAGUGAAGACCGUUGAAGCAGCAGCAACGUCAGAAGAAUGCACACGACUCACACUGGACGACACACAUCCUCAAAUGCAGCUGAUGAAAAGUUCGACUGAUCCGACUAGGGUGACCGAAACCGAGGAGGACGUGAUCUCUACCGAUCCCGGUCAGACCGACGACGAGAAAGAAGAGGAGCCGGUGAGCGGAAUGCUCCCAGUGACCCAGGCCGAACCAAGCCAAGGCGGAGAUGCAACCGACAUGGAUGAAGCGAAGAAUGUUCAUGAAGGGGCCGAUCUCACUGCGGAAGACAUCGAAAAGGAGAUGGCGGUGUUACCAGAGAUCUCCCUGACGGCAGAAUUUAAAGGGGAAGAUCUCAAGGUCGGGGAUCCAACUGAGAACACAGCAGAGAAGAUUGAUCGUCUGCGUGAUAUCAUUUGGGAGCGGCGUCACCUUCUCAUCGGCAAAGGGAAUGCUUUACCCCCUGCGGCGACGGGGGCGAUCUGUGACAUCGACGUUGGUGGUACACGACCGGUGGCUCAGCGUUGUCGCCGGAUCCCGCCUCAGUUCCGUGAAAAGGUGUUCCAACUCGACAAGGGGCUACUGGGGGCGAAGAUUAUUCGGAUCUCCACUUCUCCUUGGGCGUCUCCGAUCGUUAUCGUCGUCAAGAAGUACGGCGUGGACGUCCGACUCUGUAUCGACUACCGUCUGGUCAAUGCUCUGUCACGACUGAUGAUCUACCCCAUGCCGUUGAUUGACGACCUCCUCGAAGAUCUCGACAGUUUGCUGUGGUUC